CGGUUUGAAAUUUUGGCGCCAAUUUUUGUAUUCAACAUGAUUAAGAGAACCGUAUUCUUUGUCGCGCUGUGGACACUAUCGCAUGCAGUCUAUAUAAGUCGCAUGUCACCUAUGACCAGAUUGCGAUCGCCUGUAGCAUUCCGGCCUGGAGUUGUUCUCCAAAGACCUGCGUAUCCUCAUCCGCAGCGCAUAGUCACAGCUUCUAGAAGAGCACCGUAUGUUAUGUACAGGAAUACCCCACACAGAUACACCAUGAAGCAUAAUAUGAGCCCGGCACCCACACGGAACGUUUUGAAUCAUUGGAAGACGACACGUCUACCGCUCCCUAGCCCGACAGCCGAAUACGAGUUCGUGAGGGCCUCUCCGCCAUCAAUCGUACAUCCUGACGGUGCGAUCCACACAAUACCAGCGCCCAACCUCAGCCUCUCCGACAAACCAAUAGUGGUCGCUGAGGCAGAUAGCAGUGCUAAAGAUGCUUCUGAAGCGCCAAAACCAACAUACGAAGUGACGGAAAAAUAUUCAGAUCAACCAAUGUAUCAAAAUAAUCCCAAAAUUGAAUCACCCAUUGGAUUUUCGAAAGCUUCUUCAAUGUCAGCAGCUGAUCUCCAGAACAUAGUAAGACACAAUGCAGCAUUACAACUUGCUUCAGAAUAUGGUUUUCCAGCAAUUCAACUCUCCCAACCAACAGUAGAACUGCCGCAACCUACAAUUAUUCCACACCAAUUUUCAAUGCAGGGAUUUCAUGGAUUGACAAAUCAACAAGAUUUCAUGCACAGAGGUCCUGAAAGUAUAAUAAUACCGCAAAACGCAUACUACCAACAGGACCCGAUGUUUUUGCACAGGCUUCAAAAUCAAAUAUUACAGCAAUACCCCGCAGUUGAGUUCAUACCAUACACGCCAGACUUACAACCACAAGUACAAACUCAGUCACCAGAAACGCAAACAUCACUAUACUUAUUACAAAAUGAGCAAAUAACAAAACAAGUUCCAACAUCCUUUGUAACCAGUGAUAAUAAUCAAAGGAAUAUCGUCCAAAGAGAAACUCAAGAAGGUUCUAUCGCAUCAAUAGUUCCCCAUGCAUUUACUGCUAAAAACGUUUCUGAGAAUUUAAUUGAAAUCGAUAUAACGACGACUGUCAUACCUCAGAAUAUUACUUCAGAAGUUGUAACUACUGAAACGCAAGCUCCAACGACCACCACUAAAAGUGUCGAUAUAAUUAAGGAAGAUAAAAGAACAACUCCUAUAUAUUACGCCCAAAUAGGUCAAAGCGUAGGUAACGUUAUAGCGAAUGGCUUUUACUCAGCAAUAAACGACGUCCGAGCUGCUUCAAUGGAUGCUGAAAGUAAUCAAAAUGAAAAUAUUACAACUACAACUGCGUCAACAACAACACAACGGGAAGUCGAAUCUUUAUUAGUAAAUGAAGAAAAAGAUACAAAACUUGAUGAUUUGAAGAAUUUAUUGGUAUCUCCUUUCGAAAAAACUGCUGAAUCAGUAAACGUUGCUUACACUUUGUUUAGGGCUAAUGAAAAACAACCAAAAAUUAAUCAAGACGGAGAAGUAUUCGCUGGACAGCUGGUAGAAGCAAAAAUAAGUGAAGAUCAAGAAUUUAAUAAAGAAAAGGCUACUUUAGCCAAUCGCCCACCACUUCGACUAUUUGCAGUAACAGAGAAGAGAGUAUCGGAGAUUACUCCACAAAGAACGGUAGUAAAAGCUAAAAUUCCACCUAAAAGUAAGCUUACUUUUGACGAUAAGACCGGAGAGCCAGUUUUAAGGAUAUAUGCUAGCUACGUUGAUAACCCAGUUCAGAAAGAAAUAUUAACCACAAAAUUGACAAAUAUGAAACGUCCAAAUGAAGUUACAAGAAAGCAAGAUAAUUUUGAUUGGAAAACGGAUGCUGUCAAAAGUCUAGAAAAAUCGAUAAACAGUGAUGUCAAUCAUGGAUCGCAAUUCGGACUGAAAUUAAAAUCCAGAAGCGACGAUUACAUUCCAAUAUUCGAAGACUAUGAAGUGUAAACCAAAUACAUACAUUAAGUUUAAUAUAAUAAAAUCUCUUUUAAAUUUUAAUUGAUAUUAAAAAAAGGGCAAAAAUAGUAUAA